UGAAUUUUUUUUUCUUCCGUCUUUCUGAUUGUUUCGACAAGACAUGAAAUGUAAAAAUGCGUUGUUUUUCAUGCUAUCGUUCAUAGUAAACUUUUUAUUCUAUUGAGAAUUUAUCGUUAUCUUGACAUGUAAUAAACAAGAUAAAAAUUUAUUCCCUCACGAAAUCAAAAAAAAAAAAAAAAGAAAAGAAGAGAACUACAUUUGAUGAUUAGUAGUAGCUGUCACCAUCUGGAUUCUUUAUAAAAACCAAUUCUAGUUAUUUCAAUAGAAUAAAAGAAAUACGAUAAGUUGUGGUUUUUUUUUAAUUUAGAAAUAUAUUCAAUAAUUAGUUUAUUAAUGUGAAAGAAAUUAUCUCAACAGAUUUGUACCUUUUAGAAAUUAUAUUUAUUUUUAUCUAAUUGAAAAAUAGGUUAAAGAGUAAAAUUCAUAAUUUCAUUUGUUUGUUGCUUUUUUCUUUAGUAAGAAAUAUAAUUCAACUGUCAAUUUCAUUUAUAAAAUAAGGAUAUACGCAUUUAUGUUCAUCAUAGUUUUUUUUUUCAAGCGUAGAACAAGCAAAGAAUGAAUUGUUGUGGUCUUGAGAGACGUAUAAUACUCGUAUAUUAUUUUUGAGCAAAUUAAGUCAAUAUUGUUUCUAUUCUUAGCUGUCAUACGAAAAAACACAUACGAGAUAUUAUUUGCAUAGCAACAUCUGAGAAAGAAAAAAAAAGAAAAGACAAAACAAUCUUAUAUUAAAGACAAAAUAACUUUUGACUGUUCCGUUUAUUCUAUAUAAGGAAAAACAUCGAUGCAGAUAUUUACGUCUUUUUUUCUCAUCUAUAUUAAUCAAAUCAGUGAUAGCUUCAUUUAAUUUGGUUAAAACAUUAUAUCUGGAACUAAUAAUUUUUUUCUGACAAAAAAAAGACCCUCCAUAUCAUAUCGGCUAGACAUUAUUUUAAUAAUAGAUUAAAUUUUGAUCUUCUCCUUAACACGACGUCUCAAUAAUACAUUUUACAUGUUAAUGAUAAAUAUGAAAAGAAAUUUUUUUUGUCAUUUUCAUGGACUAGUCAUUAAUUUCCGCAUAUAUUGCAUCAUCAGAUAAACAAACUUACACGUACAAAUGACGACGUGUAAAACAAGACAAAAAAGAAAAAAGUUAUUUAAUAUGCCAUUCUUAACAAACUUUUGUAUAUUUUAUGUCCGCUUGUUCCGUUUAUAUUUAGAUUCUUUUUUUAUAUAAAGAGUUUGUUCUAUAUUGACCAUCUCUAUUUUUUUAUCUCAGUCACUUAGACAUACAUAAACUUCGAGUUUGUAUAAUUUAUUGUAUAUAUUAAAAUAAGAUAUAAUUGAUAUUUGAAACUAUGUUCUCUUAAGAACAGACACUUAGUAUCAAUACUAUAUAAGACUUCAUUUUCAAAAUCUAUCAAAUAACAAUGAUUCAAGUAUUUGAACUUGAAAAAUAAAAUCUUGGAGAACCUAUUAGAUAUUAUUUCAUAAAAAAUUCAUUUGUCAUUCAAUAUAUAUAUAUUAUUAUCAAUCUAUCAGUAUGAUAUACACAUCUUCUCAUAUUCAUUUGACAUUGUUUUGAAGUACAUUUCAUUAGUACCAGACAUCAGAUACAUAACCUUGGAAUAUUUAUAUAUAUAUAUAUAUAUAUCUGAUAGUGACCAGCUGAUCAAUCUAUAAACACAUGAAUAUGCACUAUUACUGUUUCCUCUUUCUGCUCCUUUUGCUUCUAGCCUUUCUCUCUCUCUCUCUCUCUUCUCACACAUCUUCGUCUUUUAUAGCAUACAUAGAGCACGCGUGUUCGCUUACUUGCCUGCUUAUUUGCCUUCGCGCCCUUAGUCAGACGAAAAAAAAAAAGAAGAAAAAGGUGUUUCAUCCACAUACAUAACAUACACACAAUAAGCAAAUUUAAGAGACAUGCAAUAGAGUACAUGUAUGAGAGUUGAAGAAAAAAAAAAAAAAAAAAACAAUAUUGACUAGAAAAAUCCACACACGAUCGAUUUAAUAUUUCAAAAAAAAUAAAAUUCAAUUUUAUUGAAUUAUUCUUCAAUAUUUAUCGUUUUACAAUCAUACUACUUCUUGUUUACAAUCAAUUGAUUUUUAUUGAAACGGCAUUAAUCUAA